AUGGCUUGCCUCCGACCACCCAACUGCAUUCCGUCAUCAUUUCCUCCUUCUUCCUCUCACCACCGCUCUAGGGCUUUUUCAUUUUCUGUCCGGCCGACGACUAAACGGAGUUACAACAAGGUCGCGUACUCGUUUUACCGGUUUAGUAACAUGUGUUCAGCUGCCGCCUCCAAUUCCGAUACGCUUGUCGCUGCUGGAUCAUCAAUCAAAGAGGGGGACCCCCACAAAUCGACUGCUGCAAUCAGUCCCAAGACUAAUCAUGAGAAAGGUGAGGAGCGAGACUUGAAGACUUGGAUGCAUGAGAAUGGGCUCCCUCCUUGUAAGGUUGUUCUCAUGGAUAGGCCUUGUCCUCACAACGAUAACCACCGGCCCAUUCACUAUGUUGUUGCCAGCGAGGAUCUUCAGACGGGGGACAUUGCCUUCUCCGUUCCGAAUUCGCUGGUUGUGACCCUUGAGAGAGUUCUGGGGAAUGAGACUGUGGCGGAACUCCUUACCACAAAUAAACUUUCUGAGCUGGCCUGCUUGGCAUUGUAUUUAAUGUAUGAGAAGAAGCAAGGAAAGAAGUCAUUCUGGUACCCAUAUAUUAGAGAACUUGAUCGUCAGCGAGGAAGGGGACAAUUAGCUGUUGAGUCUCCUCUGCUUUGGUCAGAGGCUGAACUAGAUUACCUAACCGGGAGUCCUACCAAGGAUGAAGUUAUGGAGAGGGCUGAAGGGAUCAAGAGAGAAUACAACGAGCUUGACACAGUGUGGUUUAUGGCUGGAUCUUUAUUUCAGCAAUACCCCUAUGAUAUACCAACAGAGGCAUUUCCUUUUGAGAUUUUUAAGCAAGCUUUUGUUGCAGUUCAAUCCUGUGUAGUGCACCUUCAGAAAGUCAGUUUAGCACGGAGAUUUGCCUUGGUUCCGCUGGGACCUCCCUUGUUAUCCUACAGCAGCAACUGCAAGGCAAUGUUAACUGCCGUUGAAGAUGCAGUUCAUCUUGUAGUUGACCGCCCGUACAAGGCAGGGGAAGCAAUAGUUGUCUGGUGUGGACCACAACCUAAUUCAAAAUUGCUUUUAAAUUAUGGUUUUGUCGACGAAGAUAAUCCAUAUGAUCGCUUGGUGUUUGAGGCUGCUUUAAAUACUGAAGAUCCUCAAUACCAAGAAAAGCGAUUGGCUGCACAAAGAAACGGGAAACUGUCACUGCAAACUUUUCAUGUGUAUGCUGGGAAGGAGAGAGAGGCUGUAGUGGAUAUGCUACCUUACUUGAGACUAGGAUACGUUUCGGAUCCUUCAGAUAUGCAAUCUGUCCUAUCUUCACAGGGCCCAAUCUGUCCAGUAAGUCCUUGUACAGAGCGCGCAGUUCUUGACCAACUUGUUGAUUUCUUUAAAACAAGGCUUGCUGGUUACCCGACAACACUCAUUGAGGAUGAGGCUUUGUUGUCAGAAGAUAUCAAUCUGGAUCCCAGGAAAAGGGUUGCAACGCGUCUUGUCAGAUUGGAAAAAAGAAUGCUGAAUGCAUGUUUGACAGCAGCAAUUGACAUGAUAAACGAGUUACCUGAUCAUUCUGUAUCCCCAUGCCCUGCUCCUUAUGCACCAAUCUUGAAAUGA